GGAAUCAGCUGUUGUUGAAAAGUGACUGGGAUUAAAGUAGGAGGAGUUUAUACGGAGUUACUUACGAUAGAGCUUAGAGCUCGAGAGGAACGAAUCUAGUAAGGAUUGGUUACCAAGUAACUACUAAAAACCGACAAAGUCAACAAAGUGUCAACUAAGAUUUUGGUCUACAAAACUUACUUUGACAGUAUCUGCGUCCUCUUACACUGGUUGGUUGUGAAGAAUUAAAUCGAAGGUUUUGGUGACAUUUAAAGAAAAUAUUGAGUAAAAAAUGUGGAAAUGGAGUCAAGUGUUUAUUUGGAAGGUGACUGGAAUCGAGAGAAGAGGAAACUGACCAAUGAACGGUUAAAGAUAGCCAAAGAUAAUAUCUAUGAAAACGCAUUAAAUGUUGUUGAGAAAGAAAUUGAUCGACAACUUCAGGCGAGACUUCAAACAAUCACAAGAGAAGCAAUGCAUUUACGACAGAAAAUAAAAGAAUUUACUCUGGAGAAAAAACAAGUACAAUUAGAAUUGAAGAGAAGGUAUUUUCCUGAGAUUGACUUUAGGAACGAUGAAUUUCGACUGAAAACAUCGCUGAGCCAUCUUGGACUUUACCUUAACGAUUUUUAUUUGGAGAAAAACCAAAGAUAUCCCAUAAGAAUGGCAUUUAAUCACUCUACAAGACUAACUGAAAGGCUAAAUGCCAAACCAUCUGAAUAUAGGAAGGUGCCGACAAAAAAUGGAUGUCCAAAUGUAGCAAACAACUUAUUAUGUAAAAAACCAAAAAUGAAGUCUUUAAAUAAUUCAGAAAUUGGAGCCAAGAAUGGUAAAACUAACUUUGAUUUUCUUCCACAAGAAAAUUCUUGCUUUGAUCAACAUAAAUCUUUACCAGAACUUCCAGUUUCAAAUAUUGAAGAACACAAAUCCUCUGUUUUAUCUGAAUCAUAUUCUGAAAAUCUCAAAGAUGGGGCAGAAACAAAAUUACCAAAAUUACAAAAUGAAGAAACAAAAUUACCAAAAUUACAAAAUGAAGAAAUUGAUGAAAGUGAACAAAAUGAUGGAAUUGAACCAGAAAGUUUAAAAACUCCAGAUUUACCAAAUAUUGGUAGAGAAAUUCUUUUAGGAAAACCAUGUAACAAACGUAGAAAUGAAUAUAAUAAUAACACAACUGGUUCACAAGACAGCAACAAACGGUUUACAGAAUUGUUGAAAAUUAAUCAAAUUCAAAAUCAUAGUUUGCAAUCGAAGACAAAUGGCAUCAAUGCUAAAGUGAGACAUUUUAUAAACAAGUUUGAUACAAAGUCUGAAAUAAACAGAGAUUCUACAACAGAAACACAUAAAGAAACUGCAAAAAAUCCAGAAAAUAUUCUACCCAGAAAUGCAAACUUUAUAAUAAAGAAUGAGUAUUGGAAACUACCAAGACCAAAUAAGAAAGAAUCUAUUUCCAUGGAUAAAAUGGCUCUGAUGAUGCAGACAGGAUUCCAAGGAGACAGAAACCAAAAUUUCUCAAUUCCUCUCAAUACAGCUAAAAGAGCUUUACAGCACACUCCGAGUGCAGCCAAAAUGCAGACUUUUAUUAAACGACUUGUUUCACAGAGUUCAGCAGUUUUGAAACAAAAGGAAACUGGAAUCUCAGCAGGAUUCACAGAAUCUCACUGAUAAAAAAGCAAAACAUUGUGUCUUGAAUUGUGUCAAAAGUCUGAAA